UUUAAGGUUGAAUACUUACUUCUUGAUGAAUCUGUUAGAUUAAAAAUAAAUAAUGUGGGCAGUGGACCCACCCUUGGUCACGGUGGGUCACGUGACCUAGCAAAAAAAAUAAAAUAAAAUUAAAAUAAAAACAAAACAACGUGAAGGCCGAACGAAAUUGCAAGGGAAAAAUAAAUUUGAAAGGGAAAAAAAAAAACAAAACAGUGACAUUACUUUCUCUCUCAUCGACAAAUUCAAAGUCACUGUCUCACACUCUCACGGAAAUCGUCACACGCCCACACCGGCACACCGUUGCCGCCGCACCUUCCAGCCACCGCCCACAGCCCAGUGGCCCACCGCACGUCCGCACAGCCGCACUUCACUCCUACAGCCUUCUAGAUCUAGGAACUUGAUCCAUCCCUUAAUAAUGUCAGGGACUGCACAUGAUGAUGCUGCUGCUCAUGAACAGAAGAGUGCUGAGAGUAAGAGUUCUGAGAGUUCUGAGAGUAGGAUAUUGAAGCUUUAUACAGAAAGGCUCAGAUCAUUUGCUGUUAAAAAUGGAAAACAGUCUCCACCUUAUUCAGAUGGAAUUCUCACUCCUCCUUGGCACAAGGAUAGUGGGCGUUACAUGCUUAGGAAACCACGAGAUGAAUCCUACAUUGAUGCUGCAUUCCGCUCCAGCCGCACCAAUGAAGUCUUUAUGUUCACUGGUUUUCAUUACUUUGUUGUCAAGUAUGAUGCCCAGUCCUACUCACAAAGAGAAGCGAAUGAGAAUCAUGUCAUCACCAAAUCCCCACUCUUGCUCAUUGAUGGUUUUUAUAAACUUUAUGGUUGUCCUGGAUUUUGUGAUGGUGGAGUCGAUGCUGCUUUUGGUUGUUACGGUACUAAUAAAGCGUUUCUCUUUUCGAGGAGAUGGGGUGCAAAGAUAGAAUAUGACUCUAACAAUGAGGGUCAGGUUCUUGAACUUAAAGCUAUGAGAUGGUGGUUUAUGUCUCCAGAGGAUACAAAGUUUUCUCAGGGAUUCUUGGAUGCUGCUUGUGAAUCCACCGUGCCUAAUGAAGCUUACUUGUUUAAGGGCUCUGACUAUGCCCUCGUUAAUUACUCUAAUCAGUCUCAGUUAACCCUCAUCAAAGAAGGUCGCAUAACAGACGAGUUCACUUGCUUGCGCAACACACCGUUUGAAAGUGAUAUUGGAUCUGCCUUUGCUUCGCACAAAUUUAAACAGUUUUACUUCUUCAAAGAUAACACUUAUGUGCUCAUUGAGUUUGACUCUAAAGCCAAGGAAAGCCGCAUAAUUGCAGGUCCUGAGGAAAUUGUACCCACCAACUGGCCUUGUUUAGUAAGUUAUCUGCCUUACCACAAGUAUAAAACAAACCCUUAUCCUAUACAGCCCAAAACAUGGAAACCAAUUUACGUGGGGGGGUUUCUCGAGUGUGUUCCCCUUGCAAACGACUCUCUUGAAAGAAAUAGUUCUGAGAGAAAGAGGAAGUUGGAGGAUUAUGCUCCUGAUGCCUCAGGAAGUAGUUCUAAGAGUAUGCCUGGCCCCAAUGAGGCAUCACUGGAAUAUACCGAUGAUCCUUUUGACGACUAUGAAGCCUUAAAUUGGAGGUUAUGUGAGUUCUAGCACUUAAGGUUGGUAUGCAUUCCGGUAAUUUUGUGGUUUAGAUAGAUGUUAGUGGAUUUUGGUUGAUGCUGGUUUGUUUUCAUGAAUGUGUUGGUUGAUGAUGUACAGGUUACUAUGGAUGUAGCUUAUGCUUGAGUGUGUUGUGAUAAUGUGAUGGAUGAUGGAUGUAGCUUAUGCUUGAGUGUGUUGUGAUAAUGUGAUGGAUGAUGCCUAGAAGUUGAUACACUAGGAGUCUUCUUUGAUCAUCUGAUAACUCCCCUCCCUCUUUUCUAACCAAGUCUUUUGCCCAAUUGUCAUCAGAUCUGAGUAUGGAUGAAGCCACAACAACAUCUUCCAUGAACUGGUCAUCAAAGCCAGACAACCCAUCGUUGGAGUCUUGGUCCAUUUUUGGCAGAUUUUGGGACAAAGAUGUAGAUGAUGAACAAAGCUGCAGAACUAACUUCUCAAUGAUCUAGUAUUACUGUUUUUUUUUUUUUUUUAAGGAUUUUCUGGGUCUGUAGUUAAUCUAAAACUAGGCUAACUCAUUGUGCUGUGUUCAUGGAAGUGUAAAUUUUUUGAAUGAGUUUGGUGGUUUUUGGUGAAAAACUUUUGUAUUUGUUGUGGCUGAGCAAAAAAUUGACUCUGAGUGUAAAUUAUUUGGUCAUGUGCAUUCUGUGAUUUUCAUUUUCAUCACCUCCUUGCACCUUGGUGCAAGGGGUGGCCUUUUACAUUUAUCGAGAGUCUUUAACAAGUCUCAUUUAAGUUGAAUUGCAUAGCUUGUUGUUGGUAAUAUUAUCAGGAGGGUGCUGCACAUUAUUGAGGAGGAUCUAUCUCUUGCUACUGCCACUAUAGGUAACCUGAACAUUUCAGUUGGAAGUGACGACGAUGAUGAUGGUCGUGACAGAGAUGAUCAUCCUGUGCUAUCAGCUGUAGCCGCUGCAGCAACGAGCACUUUGUGUCCACCAUCGUUGCAGAUUGUUCUUGCGGAUGUACCUGAUGCAGCUGCUGCUUCCCACACUUCUUCAUCUGGGGGGUGAUCUGAAGGGAAAAGCAAAUACGGUUUUCUUGGAAAGGGAAUCCUUACUUUCUUGGAAUCACAAUGGUUGUCUCGCUCUUUCAUUCUUUGUUUAACGUUUUGGCCUUCAAGAAUGAUGAUACGGGAUGAGGUUGGUGUAUCUAAAACGACAAGGGAUAAGAUGUUACUUGAGCUGGAGCAAGAGUGCUUAGACGUAUACAUGAGAAAGGUUGAUCAAGCAAACCACUGUAGAGCUUAGCUAUGGCAGGCUAUUGCUGAUUCGAAGGCGGAGCUUGCAGCCAUCUGUUCUUCGUAGAGAGAGCGACCACUACCUAUUACUUCCUCCGGACCAUAUUGACUUGUGCAUUUGGAUUUUUUGAUACUAUUCACAUGUAGUUAGAAUUUUCUAUAUAUGUAUCAAUAUAUAAGUCUAAUAAAGGAUACUAUUGCAUAAGACAUUGGUGAUAGCUAAUAACAUGAGUCUUCUGUAGUUACUGUCCAAUUUUUAAAUGUGUUAGUCAUGAAAUGCUGAACCUGGACAAGAUUUAGGAGUAAUAUUUUGAUUUAGAAACUUCGAUAUUGAA